AUGCAUGGCAUGCUUGAUACAUCAAUGUUAGAUGCUGAAACAGGCAGUGCAUCUACUACUGGUUUUACAUAUUCGGCACAAUACGGUGUACGUCGUGCAUCAGAUCGAGCUGAUGUUUAUAGAACACAAUUUGGUUCUUUAAGUGCUGAUGAAUAUCUUACACCAAUGAUACAAACAAGUCAACGAAAUGAUGGAAAUGUUGCUCGACGUCUUUCCAGAUAUUCAUUUUUUAUUCCUCCACAAACACUCGUACGUCGAGCUACAGAUGGUAUGUCAGUUUUAAAAAAAAAUUAUCUUGAUUUUCUAUGA